GCUCACGCGCUCAGCACCAGUUCAGGCUUAGAACGAGAGGAUGAUGGCGGAAGACAAGCAUCCUAUUUGAGUCCACGGUUUUUUUUUUAGUUUUUUUUUUUACGUAUUUUAAAUCAAAACGUUAAAACUCGAGCUAUUCGGUCGAUUUGAAUCCUAAAGGCAAUGGGCAACGAAGCCAGCCUCGAAGGCGGGGAAGGGGGCUCGGUGCUUGGUGUGGUGGGAGCUCCAGGAUCCGUUUCAGCAUCAACGGUCUCUGGACAGCAUAUCAAGCCCGUGAAUGGCGCUGCGGCCGGUGGUGGAGCUGCUAUGGUAACUGGGGCGUCGAUGAACAGGCUGGCUGGAGCACCUACAUCUCUAAAAACAGGCUAUGGCUCUAGUGGUGGUGUUGGGGUGGGUGCUGGAUUGGGCAUAGGUGGCAUGGGAGGAAUGCCAGGACGGGGAGAGACCUACAGACUGGCCACGCAUGAAAUCCUAAGAACAUCUCCAGCACCUCAAGCUCAGAAUCUUGCAGCAUCCAAGGGCAUGGGGACUGACCAAGGUCCUGGACAGCAUGCCUCCAGACGGAACCUCCAGGUGGACAUCAGCAGUGGUGGAAGCGUAGGGCGAUCAGGUCGAUCUCCAUCUGUUUCUCCUGAACGGGGCAGUGCUCCCGGUUCACCCUACUCAGUGCCACAGAUAGCACCUAUGCCCAGUAGUAAACUCUGCCCAAUCUGCAACACCACAGAGCUGACGAGUCCUGGCAGAGUGCCUAAUUUCAACAAGUGCACCCAGUGUUGCACCACUGUGUGCAACCAGUGUGGCUUUAACCCCAACCCACACCUCACAGAGGUCCAAGAGUGGCUGUGUCUAAACUGUCAGAUGCAGAGAGCCCUGGGAAUGGAUAUGACCACACCCCGUUCCAAAAGUCAGCAGCAGAUUCAAUCUUCCUCCCAACAACCUAAAUCAGACCCUGUUAUACCCCUUCAUUCCCAGCCUUCAGCUCAGCCCAAAUGUCAGACUCAACCCCAAUCACAGCUUCAUUCCAAAAUCCAACCACAGACUCAAAACCAGGCCUCACUAGGUUCUCAGAAAGAAAGUGAAACUACUGGUCCUUACCAAAAAGAAUGUCAAAAAACAGGUCUUUCUUCCCAAUCUGGUUCUUCUCAAAUUCUACAUCAAGGAGCCCAGACAGGGUCCCAGGUUCAGAAUGCUGAGUUUAAGCAGAGAGGUCCAGGUGCACCCCAGACUAGUUCACGCAUCCCUCACCCUGGGGCUGUGCCAUUGCCAGGCCUGGCUAAAGCACCAUCACAGCCAGACCUUGGUCGUGCAUCUCCGGUUCACCAUGUUGGCCAAUCAGAGCGUAUCCGAAGUGCUGGAAGUUCCCCGGCUCGCCGUCCAGCCUCAGUACAUGAGGCCCCUCCUCAGGAUGGCUUGACAAAGCUAUUUGGGUUUGGGGCAUCAUUGCUGAACCAAGCAAGCACACUAAUCUCAGUUGAUCCCCUCCCUGGAGGAGGAGCCUCAGCACAACCCUCUCCUGCCCGACAACAGGGCAACCAGGGUACUAAAGUGAUCUUCAGCGAUGCUAAUUCUAAAUCUAUGACUGGAACUCUUGGCUCAGACAAACAAGGAACAGGGGUAACCACAUUUCCCCAGGGUCCACAAGUCUCCUCACAAAAACAGCAAAAACAGCCUCACCAACAACAACAGUCAGUGGCCUCACAUCAUCAAAAGCCAUCACAGUUGCCACCUCACCAUCUAAAGUCAGCGCAGCAGCAGUCCCCAGGACAUCAUCAAAUGGUACCACCACAGCAGCAAUCACCAGCAUAUCAUCAGAAAGCUCAGCAGCAGCAAUUACCAUUGAAGCAGGUGCAGAAGUCCAAAGUCAGCUGCCCCUUGUGUAAAACGGAAAUUAAUAUAGGAUCCAAUGAGCCACCCAACUACAACUCCUGCACCCAAUGUCACACGCAGGUCUGCAAUAUGUGUGGCUUCAAUCCAACACCUCACCUUGUGGAGAAAAACGAAUGGCUUUGUCUUAACUGUCAGACACAAAGACUAAUGUCUGGUGGACUUGAGGACAGCCCUCUUCAAGUUCCUUAUCCAUCUCCAAAACACCAACAAGUGGGCUCACCUCGGCACCAUGCCCUGGCUAGUCAGCAACCUCCUUCACAGCCAACAUCUCAGAAAGUGACAGCUACUCAACAGGAAGGGCCCAAUGCAAUGUCACGACAGCAGAAGUCUCAAUCAACUGAUGGAGCUGCUCCUGUUGCUGCAACUGUUGUCAAACUAGCAGGAGAUACAAAACCCAUCUCUCAGUUCUGUUCAACUCCCACCACACGUGUCAGUGAAUCACACCAGAAGGACCAGGCUAUGCCAAAAUUUAUCAGUGAGUCGGAACAUAUUUCUGGAGUCACAAAAAAAAGAACAGCAGAACCCAUUGAGACCACAAUAACAAAGGAUGAGAAAAGGGACUCUCAGCGAUCCAAAUACUAUGAGGAGAAAAACAAAACAAACAGCACCCAUGACCUAUCACGGAGUCCACAAAGCCUGAGUGAUACAGGCUACUCCUCAGAUGGGAUAUCAAGUUCACACAGUGAAAUUACUGGUCUUAUCCAUGAAGAAGAAAUGAAGUUAAGUGAGAAGAGUAUGUCUGGGAACCUUACGCCACCAAGCCCCUCUGAGAUAACUAAACUGGAGAGCUCCAUGCGACCUCUACUUGAGUCAAAGGUAUUCACUGAAGGAGAGAAAACUUGGGACAAACAGCAUGGUAGAGAACGGCACCACAGAGACCCUGCUGACAAAAAGCACAGAUCCCAAUUACUAUCAAUUAGUCAAGAACAAUAUGACUCAGAUGAAGAUCUAGAGGAUAUCUUGGAAGAGGAGGAGGACCCAACUGACUGGGAGGCCAAACGAGAGCUCAGAACAGUAGUUUCUGCUGGAGAGGCAAAGAAAAAGAAAAAACCUGAACCUGCUGAUAUAACAGAUGAAGAGUUUAUGCGAAGGCAGAUUAUGGAGAUGAGUGCAGAUGAAGAAAAUGAGGAUGAAGAGGAUGAAGAAGAGCUGGAAGAUGAGGAAGAAGAAGAGGAAUAUGAUGAAGGAUAUGGUUACCAAAAGUCAAAAAAAAUACAUAAGCACUUAAGUGACUCAGGGAAAGAAAAGCGCCGUCUUACUCACCUUUCAAGCAGCUUUGAAGAGGAAAGCAAAACUACCUGUGAAAUAUACAAGGGAUCAGCCGAGGAAGGAGAGGAGGAUCUGAUUGGCUCACAAGGAGGGCUACGGAGAUUUAAGACCAUAGAACUAAACAACACCAACAGUUACAGUCGAGACAUGGAACUAAACAAUGAAAAUGACUUGAGCCUGGACAGAGAGCCAGAACUUGAAAUGGAAAGCCUAACAGGUUCCCCAGAGGAGCGAUCAAGGGGGGACUAUUCCUCCACUCUCCCUCCUACAACUUCCAGCUACAACUCAGGAGCAUCUCCUACUUCUGUAUCCUCCAUGGAGGAUGACAGUGAUAGCAGUCCCAGCAGGAGACAACGUCUAGAAGAAGCUAAGCAACAAAGGAAAGCCAGGCACCGGUCUCAUGGCCCUCUCCUGCCCACCAUAGAAGACUCCUCAGAGGAAGAUGAGCUGAGAGAGGAAGAGGAACUCCUGAGGGAACAAGAAAAAAUGCGUGAAGUGGAGCAGCAAAGAAUCCGAAGUACUGCCAGAAAAACUAAACGUGAUAAGGAAGAGCUGAGGGCACAGAGAAGAAGGGAACGAUCCAAAACUCCUCCAAGCAACCUGUCCCCCAUUGAAGAUGCCUCCCCAACAGAGGAGCUGAGACAAGCUGCUGAAAUGGAGGAACUUCAUCGUUCUUCCUGCUCAGAAUACUCACCUUCAGUUGAUUCUGAAACUGAAGGGUUUGAAAUGUCAUCUAAGCUCUAUAAGUCUGGUAGUGAGUACAAUCUGCCUACAUUCAUGUUACUUUAUUCUCCAACUGAAAAAACAGAGACUACAUCCUGUUUUACUAUUACAACUACCUCCUCAAGUGGAAAACCUCUAAAGAGUGCAGAGGAAGUUUAUGAAGAAAUGAUGAAGAAAGCAGAGAUGUUACAGAAACAACAAAAGCAGCAGCAGUCAGCACAACUGUAUAGCACUGGUUCCUAUCAAGAUGAUGAUAGAAUUAAUGAACAGCAUUAUGAAGAUGAAUAUGAUUAUAUUGACCAAGAUGAUACAAUUUAUGAGAAUGAGGAGCCGAGUGAUAUUUAUGAGGAAAUACUUCAGACUUCACAAAACAUAACCAAACAGUUGGAUGAUCAAGUGGAAAUGGAUGUGUCUUAUGCAGAUAAACAGCUCCUAGACACAGGAUCAGCUUUUGCAAAACUCCUGGAGCAGAGCAAUGCCCUCCUCACACCUGGCACAAGCCCUACACAGCUCUCAGCCCCAGUAUCAUUUUCAGAAACUGGAACAGGAGGACGAAUACCUGAUGUGAAAGUAACUCAACACUUCUCCAAGGAUGGGCAUAAAGAUAGAAUUAGAAGUCAUGCUGGCAAAAAUGCCAUCAUACCCUCAGCUGCUGCCACUACUAUCACUGCAUAUGGAGUAUAUGCCAGGGAUGCUGGGCAUGUCACACAAACCACUACUAGUCAAACAAUGACUUCGCAGCAGUCUACUAUCUAUGGCAGACAUACAGCCAGCUCUAUCCCAAACUCCACCAGUACAUCAAGUGUGUCCAACAAAAUUGCUGAAAUCACUCAGGCUUAUAAUCAGCGGGAGGGAAGAAGCCUCUCAGACAGAGUCCAAAUAAGAGAUAGUGCAACACAGCUAGAGUCAGUAUCUGAAUUGUGCUCUCAUAAUGUCCAUGUAUACUACAAAGGGAGUCCACCACUUUCUCCAACUUCACCUUCACCUCCACCUCAUAUACCAGCCAGAUCUCCUUCCAGGAAAACAGCUGAAUUUUCAACUCAGACUUUCAACCCCACAGUGACAGCACCCACUGAAGGUUCUGGCCCUCCAUCUCCUAUUAUGUCACAGGCUACUCAGAAUCCUCACAGAGCUAUCUCAACACGGCUCUUUAGACAACAGUCCUCUCAGGAUCCCACCUUUAUGGUAUUAACAAUUGGAUCAGAGCCAAAUAUUCCUCCAAAGCCAGUUACAGUUAAUACUGCCACCUCUCCUUUAUCAUUGCCAACAAAGUUCAGCCAUCCCUCCUCAUUUGAUGCUUAUUCACCACCUGUAAGCCCUCCUGACACACCACCACACCAACAGUCACUGUUGCAUGGUUUUUACAGAACUCACAAAGUUGAGAGAAUUAAUGUUGGUACAAGCAUGGUGACUGCUUCUAGCUCUUAUUCUCAUGGAUCACAUUCAAUGGAAAACAUAUCUCUGUGCCGUAUUUCCACAGUCCCUGGCACCUCAAGAGUUGAACAAGGGCAAAAGCUACAAAGUGCAAGUGUGACAGACCUAAGAACUGCUGCUAAGUCAUCCCCAUUUAUUAUAACAGACCAGGGAAGGGACUUGACUUUCUUGGCUACAGAGUCUCAAAAAUAUGCAAACAGCACAGACGGGAGCCCUAUUCGACAUUCUUUCCAGCCUCUAAUAAUGAACUUGAAUACUCAGGAACAGCCACAUGUUGUUGCUUCAACAGCAACAACAGUCAGUGUAACUGUUGCUGCCUCAAUGUUUAUAUCUCAACCUAAACAUCCUGUGGUUUAUGGUGAUCCCCUUCAAAACAGAACAGACAUGAGCCAAGGCAUGGGAACAGUAGUAUGCCUUGUACAAAAUAAACCAUCAAUUGACCCAUCAAUACCAAAUAUUGAUGCCAAGCUGGAAGAUCUUAGUAUUCAACAGCAGCAGUUACUUAAGCAACAGCAGAAGCUACAGCAUCAACAACAGCUUUUAGAGCAGCAACUUCAGCAACAUCAUCAACUUCAACAUCAACAAGCUUCUACUUUUGCAAAUCUCAAUUUAUCCAAACAAUUUCCUCUAUUAAAGAAGGACCUAAUUGUCACCCAAACAAGCACUGCCCCUAUUGUCAGUGCUGUAUCACAAGCUCUGGCACCAGAGAUUUAUAGCAGUUCUAAAUCACCGGUUCAGCCUCAAUAUAUGAUGGUCCAAAUAGACAACACUGCGCAGGGAAAACCUCUCACCCAGUUGAUCAAACCAGAGGAAAGCCAGGAUGCAAGGGAUCUAACCGGACAAAUCAAGAAAGAGAAUCAAAUUGCUUGCUGUGAUAUAGUUUAUAACUUGCCUUUUGGUGGUAGCUGUGUGGGUGGACCAUUCUCCCAAAAAACAAUGGCAGAUGAGAUGACAAAUGUAAGUGAGCCAUCAAGGCACCUGUCUGCACCACCACAGCUCUAUGACCCAGUAGUGCCAAAGCAAGAUAAACAAAUAUAUCAUGAUUUCACCUUAAAAUCAUACACACUCCCUUUCCCUGCCAGGUUACAACCAUCCUUGUCUGAGACUAACCUUGAAAAUGCAGGGCUACAGUCCUACUCUUCUAAACCUGAUAUGCAAGCUUCUGUAGAAAUGUCAAUGGAUUUAAACCCACAUAAGCAUGGCUAUGAUGGAGGGUUUCUUGGAAUGGGACAUCAGUAUGGUUCCUACACAGAUCUUCGUCAGGGUGAUGUGGUAGCUCCAACGCUUCCAAUUCGCAGAUACAGUUCCCUGUCCAACAUAAGUUCAGAUUAUGACUACUCAUCUAGCAAUCUUUCUGGUUUACCGGAGUCUAACGUUGCCCAGUAUAGUACCACUACAUCUAAAGAAAUUAGUAGAAUGUGUGCAGCUCUCAAUUCUAUGGAAAGGUAUGGUAGCAACCCUGAUCUCUUGCAGUUAAUUCGAGGAGGUGGUCCACCAGGCAGAAUUAAUCUCCAGCAGAGUCUUAGACCUAGCUUUAUAUAUGGUCCAGAUGGAAAGCCCUUUUCCCAAGCUCUUACUAGUCUCAUUAAUGCAAGGCAAGCAAGCCUUAGAGCCAUGUUUCCUUCAGCGAUUAGAUCAGCUGAUGGUAUGAUCUACUCAACUAUCAACACACCUAUUGCAUCCACUGUGCCAAUAACAACUCAGCCAACUUCUGUACUGCACCCAUUAUUAAGAGGUGUUUACAGACCAUACCUCACUGCAAAUGUGACACCAGUGCCUCUGACCAGCCUCCAAAAAAUGCCCGUGGCCUCCAGGAUGCCUUUCACAGGACAGGCACCUUACCACUUUCCAACACCUACUCAUGUUCCUGUAACAAUUUCUGCUACUGCAGAUGACUCUGUUGCAGUCACAGAGCAGGAUGCCCCUAUCUAUCUUGGAAAGUCUCCAAGUUUGACAUCUACAGCACCAACCCAGCUUUCUGCUGUACAGAGUUGUCUAACCACAACAAUGGCAACACAAGCCAAUCUAGCCAACACAAGCAAAUCUCAGGAGCAGCCAUUAAACCUGUCUCAGUACCAUCUUCAAACACAGGUUCCAUUUCAAACUCCAGUGCAGCUUUAUGUUCCCACACAAAUUCAACAGUCUUUAUCAACACAGCCACCACCUCCUAAACAAUCACCUACAGCCACUGCUUCAUCUCUGGGAGUUCUUCAACAGGAAAAGGAAGAAGAAAAUCUCCAUCGUCAACAGGAGAAUUUACUGCAACUAGAGAGAGAGAGAAUAGAACUAGAAAAGUUGAGGCAACUGCGGCUUCAAGAGGAGCUUGAGAGGGAGCGUGCAGAGUUGCAGCGGCACCGGGAAAAAGAACAUAGGCUUGUGCAGCAAGAAAUUCAUGAGUUGCAGAGCAUUAAACAACAGGUUUUACAGCAGCAACAAUCUGAGAGAGAAAGUCAGCUGGUUAUACAAAGAGAGCAACUGGCUCAGCAAAAGCAGCAGCUUGACCAGAUACAGUCUCUGCAGCAACAGCUCCAGCAGCAUCUUGAGGAACAAAAAAGACAAAAGACAGCUGCACCAACUAGUAAUCAACUUAUAUGUGACCAAAGUGGCAGAAUUAUUCAGCCACAAGACCUGCCUUCAGAUAUGCAACAUUGUGAUUUUCAGGUGCCUUCCAGGUCUCUGCCCAACUCUGCAUCAGACAUGUGUUUGAGGAAAAUUGAGGGGCAAGUAGAUAAUAGGUCAAGGUGGAAACAAAGAUCAAUGCCUCGUCUACAGGAUGGUAUUGAGGGAGAGGUAACAAUGUUUUCCCUGCCCACUAGAAUUGUAGAUAGCAGUGUUCAAACAGAUGAUGAAGAUGAAGAAGAAAAAUAUCUAAUGUCCAGAAGAAGAAGGACUAGACGUAGUGUGGAUUGCAGUGUUCAGACAGAUGAUGAUGAAGAUAAAGCAGAAUGGGAACAACCUGUCAGAAGGAGACGUUCUCGUUUCUCUAGGCACUCUGAUUCAGGUGCUGAUUCUAAAAAUGAAACUUCAACUCUAACUGCCAAAGUAACAUCCUCUAGUAUUGCCAUCCAGACCAUUCAGGAUUGCUCUUGCCAAACAGAAAUAGAUCAGUUAAGGAAAAUCUCUCCAGCAAUACAUGUCACUGUGUCAGAUCCCAACAAAGUUGAGAUUGUUCACUACAUAUCUGGUCCAGAGAGAACACAGAAGGGACAAAGCCUAGCUUGUCAGACUGAACCUGAGUCCCAUUCUCAAGGUGUGGUAGUUCCACAAAUUAAUGUGGCCACCACUAUUAGUCCAUAUUCUAGCAAUGCCCUUGUGGGGUCAGCAGAUCCACUAUCCUCUCGUCAACAGGGUGUUUCAAAGUUUGAGAGACGUAAACCAGAUCCUUUGGACAUUGGCUACCAACAGCACCAUCUACACAAUGAGUCACUGUCCAGUGUGAUUCGGCAACCACCCAAAUCCCCGCAGGUCCUGUAUUCUCCAGUAUCUCCUUCGUCACCACAUCGCGUCAUAGAGACAUCUUUUUCCUCUAGCGAGAGGCUGAAUAAAGCCCAUGUAUCUCCACAGCAGAAAUCAUAUACAGCUGAGUCAUCACAGAGGCACCAGAGUUUACCCCGACCAAUAAAAAAUGUCCAGAGAUCCUUGUCAGAUCCCAAGCCCCUCAGUCCCACAACUGAUGAGCAUACAAAGGCAAGGAUAUCCCUUUACCAGCAACAGGCACUUCAAAGUCAGUUGAUGGCACUUCAACAGAGCUCCCUCCUAAGAAAGGUUAAAAGAACUCUGCCAAGCCCCCCACCCGAGGAGACUCAGCUGUCAAUGGUCACCCAUGCCCUGCCCCAGAUGUAUGUGCCCUCUCUGCCCUCAAUAAAGGUGGGUUCCCGGCCAGGCCUAGCAGCCAAGGCCAGCCUUCUGAAGGAUCUAACUCAUGAACUAAAGGCUGUUGAGCAAGAAUCUACCAAACUACGAAAACAGCAGGCUGAGUUGGAAGAAGAAGAGAAAGAAAUUGAUGCCAAACUCCGAUACCUGGAGAUGGGCAUUACACAGAGAAAGGAAACUCUUGUGAAAGAGAGGGAGAGAAGGGAUUUAGCAUACCUGCGCUGUAUGGGUGACACACGAGACUACAUGUCGGAUUCUGAACUGAGCAACCUUCGGUUGGCAGCUGCAGCUACAUCUGAGAGUAACGGGCCUCUGACUAGACCAAGCACUGCACCACUCAGCCAAUUUACCACUGAGCUAAACACCGCUGCACAGUUUCCCCCUACAUCAUCCUUUGUGUCCCACCAGUACCCUCAGAGCCUGUCAACAGCAACCAGCCUACAUGCCUCCACUUUCCAAAGCACUGGAUUUAGCCAGCCUCCAUAUCCUACAGUUUCCCAGGCACAGGCUCAACCACAGCCCCCACCACUACAGACCAUACCCCAUCAUUCUACCCCAUCAUAUCAUGCUCAAGGGGCUUUCCACUCCCAGAGCUUUCCACCAAGCCAACCACCCUAUCCAACAGAGCAUACAAUGCUACCUCCAACUGGAUUCCAGCCACCUCCUCAGCCACCUGUGUGUCAAACUCCUUAUCCAACCCACACCACGCCAUACCCAAGCCAGACCCCUCCCUACCCGGUCAGUCAGGCAAGUAGUACAUACCAGCCACUGGCAGACAUACUAACUGUCCAUCAGAGACCACGUCAAACUUCUCUGGCUGACCUUGAACACAAGAUGCCUACUAAUUAUGAGGUUAUAAGCAAUCCUUCUGUUGUAGUACCAACCACUACACAAGAUUCUACAUAUAGUCAAUCUGGUUUGGUUCCAUCUUAUGGUCAAUAUAGUACAGCCAUGGCAAGUACCUAUGGACCAUACCCCACCUCAAGUUCAAGUACUUAUGCUGGGUACCCAACUACCACAGCAAGUUCGUAUGGGCCAUACACAACAACUUCAGCAAAUACUUAUGGUCAGUACACAACAACCACACAUAAUAUGUAUGGACAUACAACAACCACAGGCAGUUCCUAUGGACAGUAUACCACCACUGUUGCCAACACAUAUGGACAGACAACACUUUCUGAUCAUAUGCACUCAGUAGACAAUCCCUCUACUUAUACUGGUGAUGGCCUAUACAGUUCUUCCAACCUGGAGCAAAAUGUCCCUAGAAAUUAUGUAAUGAUUGAUGACAUAAGUGAGCUAACCAAAGAGGGCAUGGGCACCACCUCAGACCCACACCACAGUGAGGGCUAUGGGCGCCAUGGGGGCGAUUCACUCCACACACGAGGGGGGAGCUCCUACGGCAGACCAGAGGAUGAACGUGAUGCAGAGAUGUACGACCAUCAUCAUGGCAGGGGUAAGAGCACUGGCAGCUACCAAGCACGAGGGCGAGAAACGCAUGGCCGGGUAGUGGGCAGCAGUAGCAUGGGUGGGGGAUCCGCAUUUUUCUAUGAUGACUACAAGCACUUAACAAGCACAAGAGCAGCCCAGAGGCAUUCAUCAAAGACCCUGGCCCCAGUUGUCAUGUCUACCAAGAGGAGCAAGCAUCGUAAGCAAGGUUUAGACCAGAAGAUCUCCAAGUUCUCUCCAAUUGAGGAAGCUCGUGAUGUGGAGGCUGAUCUGGCCUCAUACGCCAUGAGCACCUCUACUACAAGUGGUUAUGGUACAGGUGCUCAUUCACGAAAAAUCCAAGAUGAAAACUAUGGGCUGCGACAAACCAUGUAUGACCCACAUCAGGGCUAUUAUGAUGAUGAUCAUUUCUAUGGCUAUGGAAGGUCCCGCUCAGCUGGUUAUGGCAUGAAUAAGAUUUCUCGGGAGACAGGCUACCGAAGCAGAUCCUAUGAACAGGACUACACAGAUCGGCCAUACAGAAGCAGCCGAAGUGGGGGUCGUCCAACAUUGCACUCUCAGUACUCUGAAGAGGAGAGCCCACUGAGUCCUAUGGGGAAGUUUAUGGGCAGUAGGCAGGCCUGCUACAAUCCAUCUUACUCUUAUGGCUCAAGCCACUCUCUUCCUGAUGUACAGGACCAUAUUCGAGACCUGCCACGGACCCAUGUCUACAAACCUGAUGAUAUGUACAUAAUAGACGAUAUGUAUUGCGCUGUGUCUGACAGUGAAGCUUACCAUCUUGGCCAAGAGGAGACUGACUGGUUUGAGAAACCAAGAGAUGUCCGUGGUUCCCGACACUAUAGCAGCAGCCAUUCUUCUUCUGGGAGGCGUGGCCAUGUCAAACACACAUAUCAUGACUAUGAUGAGCCUCCAGAGGAAGACCUUUGGCCACAAGAUGACUAUGGUCACUCCCGCCAUACAUCUUCUCGAGAGCACCGUCACCAUAGUGGUGGAAGUUCUGGUAGGCACUCUUCCUCCCGCCACACUGAUGAGCCUCGAUCUUCUCGAUCAUCUCGCUCUUCGAAGGACCCAUCUCUACGGCAGGACUCUCGUUCUAUGUCCUCUUCUUCAACAAAGAGAGGUGACUCUCGAUCUCAGGGCUACCACUCCUCUGACUACUCCCGUGACCCUUCUGGGCACCACCAUGGCUCACGCACUGGGAAACAGUCUUCCCACCACCAAGGUUCUUCCAGUAGGAAGCAACAAGACAUGCAAGGCCACUUAUCAUCUUCUAGACAGAUGGGUUCAACUGGCUCAGCGCAAAGGGCUACAAGUGGACCCUCCAACUUAAGCAGACAGUCUGGGUCCCAGCAGCUAGUUGAAGCACAGGGACAGCGAACACAGUUACAACAGCAGGCACAGACAUCAGCAGCUAGGCCUGGACAGCAGACACCUGCAGCAGGUGCUGUGCAGUCACAGCCAACACAAGUCCAACAGCUCCAAGCCAAACCAGGCCAGACAAGUCCUGCAACACGGGUACCUGCUGCAGGAGUGCAACCAUCACCUGCAACAGCCAAGCCUGAGCCUGUCACUGCUCCAGUUACUGCAAUUGGUGCAAAAGCAGCCACCCCACAGCCAGCCAAAGCAGCUCAGCCCCCACUCACGGGGAUAGGCUCCAAGGCAGCUGCAAGACCUGGUGGAAUAGGUAGUGCUGCGGCUGCUCAGCCUGGCAUGGAAGGAGAAAGUAUGUUGUCUAAGAUCCUGCCUGGAGGUGCUGCAGAGCAAGCUGGCAAACUGGGUGAAGCGAUAUCUGGAUUUGGAAAGAAGUUCACAUCUCUGUGGUGAGGCGGUACAAUUGAAGGCAAGUGGCUGAGAAAACAAGAUGAAGAAAGAAAGAUAGAUGGAAUGAGGGAAAAGACAUGAGAGACAUUGGAGUUGCAUAAAAGAUCGGUUUUAUGGCAGCAUGCUUGUUUGUUCAAGUCUGCUAAACAUUUGGGUGUCAGACAUUACAAGGAUUUGCUCUGGAAAACCUAUGAAGUUUCUCUUCUGUAUUUUAAUUUUUAAGAGGAGGCGAGAAUGAUCGAGAGAGAGGGAGAGAAGUAAACUUGUUAUACUGCUAACCAGAACAGGAAUCACAAGACUUCAUUAAUACUAGGGUUUGUUACAUAACCACAGAAGCACUAUACUGCUUUACCCUGGCAAGCCACAGAGCUGCUUAAAAAUUGGAAUUAAAAAAGCAUCCCUGUUUUGGCAAGCAAAUACAAUUAAAGAUUCACCAGAAGUUUCCAGAAUUCCAGAUGCUCUACAGCAACUACUGGAGCCUGUCAACCCCCUGAAGGCCAGGUUACAAAGCAGCAUAAAACAAAAAAUAAUAUUGAACAUCAAAGGAGGAUUUCAUCAAAUGUAGGUUUCAUACUGAUACUGGUUCUCAUAAGAAAAGUUUAGACACAACGGACCAUAUCUACAUGGUCACAGUGCAUUGCCUGCCAGGGUUUGUGAUUCCAUGUUCCUGUAGUUACUUUGAUAACGAAUUUGACUCCCCUCUCAUCUCAGGGAUGGUCAAAAAGUUAAGUAAAUGUAAAUUAGUCAAAUCAACUUCAUAGGUUUUUCUUGUCCUUUUAAUGCCUUUCUUUUGUUCUAACUUGAUAGGAUUUAAGCAGAAAUUAAACAGAAAAAAAACAAAACAAAGGAAAAUAGAGUGACAACACAAAUGUCUGUCAUAAGCUCAGUUUUUAACUCUACAUUCCAGAAUGGAAAAAAAGUCAUUUUUGUCCUCUGAAUGCAGACUGUUUUUCUCUAUUCUCUUGCAAAUGUGUUUAAGAAGCGUGCAGUGGAGUCCAAAUGCAUGUAACUUUAUAUUCAAGACCUUACACUGUUCACCAAUUUGAUGAGAGAGGGCCUAAUAUAGGAGGAUUCAGAAUAAUACUAAAAGUUAUAGAAUGCAUGAAUUAAUAGAGAGCAUAUAUUCCAGACAUAGGACUGAGAUGUUGUUUGUAAGGCUUUGAUAAGUCAGGUCUUUUUUUUUUGCCAGUUAACCACUGCAAAGCCAUUAGGUAUCUAUCCCUAGUGUGGGCUUGGUGUCAGUCACAACUGUUCUACAGUGACCGGGACUUUAAUAUUUCUACUGAUUUUGUUGUUCAUUUAUUGUUUUAUAAUACUGCCUAAUUUAAGAUUUUUUCAUUUUUAUAUAAUAAUAGCAAGGCAAGGCAAGAGGCUGGGGAGUAUAUUUAUAUUUUUGGAUUUAUUUUGUGUUGUUUAUAAUUUAUUUUUAUUGUUUUUAUUCUCUGUUUCUUAUGGUUUUAAUUAGUCUGUAACUGGAUUACAGUUUUUUUCUUGUUUUAUAUUGGUUUAGAUGUAGAAAAAAGCAAUAGUGGAUUUCAGACUUGCAGUCAAGAGCACAAUCAGAUGUAUAUACAUUAGUGGUCAGGAGAGCAAUGUAUCUAUCUGCCGAACUGAAAUGUUUCCAGACCUAUGGCCCUUAUCCCUAUAUGAGCAAAAACCCAAAAGUGUCCAAAUCAAAUGUAAGCAAUAGCUUUGUUUAAUAACAAAUUAGCCAACGCUAAACUUGCGAUCAGUUUUAAGCAAUGUUAUGAUAAUGACAAUUUCUGUAAACAAAAUAAAAAUGUUUAGGGUUCGAUAGUCAGAUAAGUGUUAUGGUCAAAUAAAGACACUCGUCCAUAUCUUAGCAUAACCAAUCACCAUUACAUAAUAAAUAUUAAUUGAUGAUGGGCAUUUCCUAAUGUGUGUCCCAAAUUGUAUCAUAAACAGUUAAACAGGGGUACAAAAUCCUGUAACAGAAGCUUCUCAGGUCAGAUCUGCCAGCAGAUCCUGUACUUGUGUUGGGUCAGACUAGUAAUAUGCCUUUAUGUUUAGCAAGGAUGAGAGCAUGCUCCAGAAAAAAGAAAAAAACUCAUCUUGAAAUAAAUAUACAUUACAAGUAUGAAUGAAUGAUUGUGAUUGCAUGUAUGUAUGUAUGUAUGUAUGUAUGUAUGUAUGUAUGUAUGUAUGUAUGUAUGUAUGUAUGUAUGCAUUUGGGUUGUGGUCACUUAAAAAAGUAAAAUUUAACAAAAAAAUUAAAACAACAAACAGAGGUGAUUUUGAGAAACAACUUUACAUUUCAAAUGUUCUAUGCAAUGCUUCUUAAUGGGGAAAGUGUUAGGAGAAACAUCAUUCAAUAACAUUAACAGAUAUACAACAACAAAAAUAACCAUUUAAAUAUGGAGUUGACUUUUAAUGUGCUUAUAAGUACUUGUAAAAAAUAAUGUAAUGUAAAGAAUCAAAUUGUUUUCUCUUUGUGGCAUGUUUAAGUCCCCUCUCAUACAUUUUUCAUGUGGCUGCCAUAUUGUUAGCCAUAACGAGUCAUGGGCUAGAUCAAAAACUGCAUAAUACUGUAUUAAAUAGUAUGGGGAAAAUAUCAUCCCUCUAUUUUGACAAAUGACAGUAUGCUGUUUUGUGUGUAGCCAGCACUUACUUUCAAUAGCCAAUAUGACCAAUUCAUCAGUUGUUUAGCUGCCUGUUGAUGCACUUGUUAUUAAACAGACAUUGCAUUUAAACAAGUUUAUGUAAUUUUCAUAAAUUCAUAUGGAGAAAACUACAUAACAAGGCUAUUUUUUAAUAUUAGUAAUACCUGUUAUGACUAUGGGGUCAUUUUCAAUUUUUUCAUUUAACACAGGCUAAGGGAACAUUUGUGCAAUACUGAACCACAGCAAAAUGUAUUGAUGAAAUGCUGCGUUGGUUUUGCUUAAAAAAAAAAAAGAAUUUGCUAAUUUAAUAAUUGAAACACUUCAUGUGUUAAGGACAUUACAUUAUUCAUUAAUCAAUGUUAUUCAUAAGUGUGUAUUUACAUAUUUUUUCCAAAAACAAAUCUAUUAUUUUAGUACCAAACAUUCAAUGUAAACUAGGGAAACAGAAUAUCUGUAACACGUAAAAAUAUUAAAUAGGAAAUGUGUUUAAAUUGCCAAUGGCUUCACCUGGUGCCUAUAGGACAACUAGGUUGAACCACCACAGUUUAAAUAGAAAUUAUAUACAAAUAUAAAAACAGAAAUACACAAAUGCACACACACACAUACUCUAUUUCACCUCAGGAAAGCACACAAUUAAACAUGUCAUGGUGACAAAUGGGGACUUAAUAUGCAUCAUUGUAAGGGCUCAUUUCCAGAGAAAAAGCCAUCUUGUCUAGAUUACAAGGGAUUUGGUGGCAUUGUGUAACAGGGAUCACCAUAUCGCUCCAUUUUCUCAUUUUUUUUGACCACAUAGAAACAUUUCAGAAACCAUAUGUUUUACUGGUGUUUUAUUACCCUGGCUUUUUACACUUUAUCCUGUAAGUUACAGAUUUAAUUCAAACCCCAGCUUUAGGUCAAACCUAAGGUGAUAAAACAAAUGUGGAAAAACACUUAUAGAAGUGAGGGGUGAGAUAAAAAGCUACAAAUAAUACUGUCAUUUAAAUAUCAGGGAAAAUGUAAGUUUGUUUAUUUAUUUUUUUAUACAUACUGAAGUAACAAGUGCAUAAGCCUUUAGCAGCAGUACACUAUUGUUCACCCCUCAGAUUCACUGGCAGCCAUAUCCAUUAUAAAUGUGACACCUGAAUAUCAAUUAAAUCUUGCAUGCACAUACACAAAUAUCCCUUAUGCGAAACAAGAAAAUGGCGUGUACUGAAUGACCAAAUUUUUUAUUAAUCAUCAUCAUCAUCAUCAUCAUCAAUAUAUUCUUAUUAUUAUUAUUAUUAUUAUUAUUAUUAUUAUUAUUAUUAUUAUUAUUAUUAUAUUUUUUUAAAGCAUCAGCUAUUACCAACAAAACAUCAAAACAGCAUUGCAUAAUGUGGCUCAAGUGGACUGUUUGGAACGAAAAAAUAAAAGUAAUAUUCACGUUACUGUUUUGUGUAAAAUUUCUAUAAAUGUUGUGUUUGUAUAUUAAAAAGAAAAAUAAAGAGACCCUGGCUUCCAUCUAAUUUUGGGUUUCAACAGGGGUAACUUGGAAAUUGUAAGUUAAUAU